AAAGCCUCCAUUCAUGCUUCACUUUCGCUUAAUACUACCACUGCUACUUCUACAAAUACUUUUAAAUCACACACAAAGAAAAAAUGGACCCAUCUUCGCCUGAAAACUUACCCUCUACUCAGAGAAGGGCCAUCGGAGAGCUGAUUAGAGGUCGUGAACUUGCAAGACAGCUUAAAAUUGUGCUCAACUCUAGGGAUGAUAUGGAAGAACACGUGCCUGUUGAUGAUCUUGUCAUGAAGAUCUUGAAUUCUUUUACUAAUAGUCUUUCUAUAUUGAAUAGAUUUGAUUCUGAUAUUGAGUUUCCUCCGAGCACCCAUGUGGGUUCUCCUUGCUGGGAUAGCGGCCGGAAGUCUGAGGAUUCCGGUGAGAGUAUCAGGAGUACUUCUACUAACAAAGAUCGGAGAGGAUGCUACAAGAGAAGAAAGAUCUCCAACGCAUUGAUAAGAGAGACUUCAGAUUUAAUAGAUGAUGGCCAUGCAUGGAGAAAAUAUGGACAGAAAGUGAUCUUAAAUACCAAGUUUCCAAGGAAUUACUUCAGGUGCACUCAUAAAUAUGAUCAAGGAUGCCAAGCAACAAAACAAGUGCAGAAAAUUGAAGAGGAUCCUCCCAAAUAUAGAACAACAUACUAUGGAAAUCAUACGUGCAAGAACUUGCUAAAAGCUUCUCAUCAUCUCAUCUUGGAGUCUCCUGAUGAUUCUUCCAUUCUGCUGAGCUUUAAUACGACCAACGACAGCAUCAUCACAAGCAAACAAGAUAGCCCCUUUUUAACUUCAUUCUCAUCGUCAUCAUCAAUAAAACAGGAGUACAAGGACGAGCUGGCCCAUGGUAAUAGUGAUAAUGAUAUGAUCAACAUCAUCCACAACAACAGCAUCAUGAACAACCAAUCGUCGUCGACGGAUUAUCUCUUGGCUCCCGAUGAUUUGUCAGCCCUUGAUCAUGCGGAUGUGAUUUCUGGAGUGAAUUCGUCGUCUUGCACCACUAGCACUCAUAGUUUUGACAUGGACAUGAUUGUUAGCUCUGUCGGUCAUGCUUGCUUUGCUGCUGAUGACGACGACGUUUUGCCUUAUGCUUUUUGAAGAGUAAUUUUUGUAAUCUCUAUACAUGUGUAGUUAAUUAUCAAGAACUUUCAAGCCUUCGUUUAGUUUAGUGCAGGGUGUGUGUUUGUAAACUAGGCUGAUCAAUUAAUAAAGCUUUAGGGUAACAUAGAUUAUGUGCAGAUUAAUCAGUUGCUGAGUAGCUAAUUACGUUUUGUAUUCAAGUUCAAGUAUCAUAUGCAUAUUAAUAUUCCCUA